AUGCCGACACCCAGCAACCGUCGGAAUGCCAACCGUGCCCGGUGCCAAUUCAUCGGUUGCGAAAAGUUUGCCCAAACCCGUGGCCUCUGCAAGGCGCACGGUGGCGGGUCUCGCUGCCGCGAUCCGCACUGCAAUAAGCUCGCCCAAAGCCGCGGGUUGUGCAUUGCCCACGGUGGAGGUCGUCGGUGUCAAGCUGACCACUGUAGCAAGCUGGCGCAGUCCAAGGGGUUUUGCAUCUCGCACGGUGGCGGUCGCCGCUGUACGAUCCCAAACUGUGAAAAGUUUUCACAGGUCAAGGGCCGCUGCAAGUCUCACUCGAAGCUCGUAGUGACUGCUUCGUACCCUUCGUUUCACGGGGUAGUGACCCCACCAAGCUCGACAAGCUCGGCCGCAAUCUCCCCUACCAGCACGAAGCUGUCGAUCGAUUUUCUGCUUUCGCGCAGCACUUCCAUUGGUGACAAGGCUCCAUCUCAGCUGCCGAUGCAAGGAGCACCAGCUCUUUAUCCCACUCCUCACGUCGCGAAUCCGUUCAUGUGUACUGCUGGGAUGAGAAGUGCCCCUCGAUACGAAACGAAUGUCAUGGCAACCCAGCGCUCGCUACUGUCGUUCCUCCAGCCCUGCCAUGCGGAUCUUUCGUACUCGGCACCGCAACAUCAGUAUGUCAAGUUUCUACGAGGCCCCGAUGCUACCAUUGCUCCGAUGUUUCGGUAG